GAUUACGCUAACUGCAAUCACUGCUGAUAGCUGUCGCAUGAAAAUUGAAAAUUGAAAAGUGACGUUUCUCGGUUGACGAUGGGGUGUUGGAGCUCGACAACUUUUUGGAUCGUUUAAUUAAUUGUAAAUAGUGAUAUGAAUUAACAACUUGAGUCAAGUUUCGGUGGCGUCGGUCCAGGUAACGCACCACGAUGACAGCUCAGCCGAGCGACAGCACGGAGUUUCCUCUCGAGAUUACACUCAAACCCCUCGCACUGAUCGGGCUGUCCGGCCUGGACACGAUUAACAACGCCAUCCACAAGACGAUAUGGGACGCCUUCUCCAACAACCGCCGCCCGGACCGCGCCUCCGUCCAGUUCAAACUUCUCCACAACACUUUCGAGUUUCCCGUCAUCAAACCGAAGAGAAACUCGUACGAAUGGUACAUCCCGAAGGGAAUAUUGAAGAAAAACUGGAUACCGAAACGCGUCGCACUCAUACCGGCCGUCGUCGUCAUAUUCUACGACAUGGAAUGGAACGACCCUCAGUGGAACGAGAAGAUCAUAGAGUGCGCGUCGCGAGUGCAGUCCAUCCGCGCCGCCGUGGAGGGCCACGCCACGCGCGUCGCCGUCGUGGUGGUGCAGAGCGGCCUGUCGCCGCCGCCCUCCGAGUACAUGCUCGGCGCCGAGAGAGCGCAGGUGCUCUGCUCCGCUUGCGAGAUACAGUCCAAGUCCCUAUUUGUCCUUCCACACAGUGACCAUCUCAUGGGCUACAUAGUUCGACUAGAGAAUGCUUUCUAUGAUAUUGCACAGAACUAUUAUCACCAUGAGACCAAAAAUAUCAAACAACACAGAGACCAUUUGAAUAAAACUACCCAUCAAUAUUUAUUUGUUCGACAUCAGUUCAAGCUGGGCUUCCUCAAUGAAUUGAAGCAGGACCUGAGCACGGCUCACAAGCACUACAUGCACGCUUACAACAACUUGCUAGAAACCAGGCAAGUUGAUACUAAUAUACAUGAAAUCAGAACUGUGGCAGGUUAUAUCAAUUACAAACUGUGCAAGCUGCUGUUUGCACUGAAUCUGGCCCGUGAUGCCAUUGCACAGCUCAAAUCACAUAUUGACAGAUAUAAAAAUAGAAUUGGCCCUACUGAAUUACUCUUUGAGCACUAUGCUUGGAUAGCCAGACAGUAUAGCGCAUUUGGUGAACUUUUUGAUGAGGCGAUUAGCUUAGGGCUUCCAGCUAUUCAGUCCCAACACCCUGGUUUUUAUUACCAGCAUGCUGCACAGUUCACUGUGAUGAGACGGCAAGCCAUGCGGUCCGUCUGUUGUGAAGCUCUACAGUACCCACCACCCCCAGACCCUAUGGAAGGCAUUGUGGAAUUUUACGGACAGAGACCCUGGAGGCCAGGUAGACUUAGUGCCGAUCCUCACGACCCUCAAAAGGAGCAGGCUGCUGUACUAGCAUUGCAGUACAAUGAGAGAGUUUUCAAUCACUCAGCUAUGAUUAUCAGCUUUCUAAGUAGUGCCAUCACACAGUUCAAGACUUUUCAUUCUCCCCGGAUGAGAAAGCAGCUAGUUGUAGAAAUGGCUAACGAGUAUUACUAUUGUGCAGACUAUGGUAAAGCUCUCACUCUAUUGACUCAUAUGCUUUGGGAUUACAGAAGAGAGAAAUGGUGGUUUCUAGCAUCUCAUGUCUUGAACCGAGCUUUGCAAUGUGCCUACUUGUCAGCAAAAAUCCAAGAUUACAUCCAGCUCUCUAUAGAGGCACUCUCAAAGCACAUUCAAGUCCCUAACAAUGAUAAAGACAGGAUAUUCAGGAAUAUUAUGUCUGUUCUUAAUCUGAACAUUCCAGCACCGGAGCCAGAUCUGCCUGUUUCCUCACAGAGCAGAGCUCUGGAACUUUGGCAGCUGGCUAUUGAGAAAGAGCCUCUAACAAUAGUUAUAGACAUGGUUAAUAUUUCAAGUUUCCUAGAAGUAAAGACUAAAUUUAAACAAGCUAAAUACAGAAUGGAUGACACAAUUGAAGUUGAGUUAUUUGUGCGUCUCACUUUUAACACAACCCUCCUAGCAAAGGCAGCUUUACUUACAAUAGCCAGCAAAGUAGAAACCAUAGAGAUUCCUAUAUUGGAUAGUGGAAUGACAAAUGUGAAGUUAGAAGGUGGAAAGGUGAGGAGGUUUUUAUGUCAAUUUAAAACAAAUCCACAUGAUAUUGGGUCAGAUAUGAGCAUUAAAAAUGUGUCAUUUAUACUUGAUCAUGAAAGGCGAAGAAAGAUAAUUAUGAAUUUUAAAGUUGAAGAUAGUAAAUCUCUAGAGCCUACUGUACAUCCUGAACUGCUCCAUUUCAUAUUGAGUCCUAAAAGUGACUAUGAGUUUGAUUGUAUAGUGCCUUUGAAUACCACCAGUAUAACUAGCAGAGAAUGUAGGCUAUCUAUAGAAAUUGAAAAUGCAGUUCCUGCUCUCCAGGGAGAAUGGUUUCCCACAACAUUUACUGUGGUCAAUAAUGAAGAAAGCUCAGUUUAUGACUUGGCAAUAGCCCUGUCCCUUUUGAGCUCACCGGACAAUCCUAACCCUGACUCAGUGACAGAGUUGAGUUACGCUCACGGUGAGUCACAGCCACAACCUCUGAAGUUCCAAGUAGGUACUGUCGACGAGGCUUCUGCUUACACCAAUUUAUUUUAUUUAAAGACUAACAGAACUGCAACAGCAACAGUACAAUUAAGAGUGUCAUACAAAAUUGAUUUUCAAGAGAUGCCUAAACUUGAAUGUGUUAAGGAUUUUACUACCAAAAUUACAGUAAUUAAACCUUUUGAAGUAACAACUAAUUUUGUUGACAUGGGUUUUAUGCCCAUAACAAAAUGCUUUGUAGAUGAUCCUUUUAUAGUAAUGCCUGAGAUAAAAAUUCUCAGUCCGUGGGAUUUACUUAUUUUAGAUACUGAGCUAGAGACUGUGGAGUGCUUGAAGUAUGGUGAUGAUAAAAAGCCAUCAUCGUGCAUUAGGAAUUUACAGGUAGCCGAAAGAAAUGUAGCAUCUGAUGCUAUAUGUGUACAGGCAAGGUACAAACCAAAAGACCCUCCCACCAGGGUAGGGUUAUACAACAUCAUGUGGAGGCGAGAAAGCAGCACCAGUGGCCCCUGUGUUAUGAGCAGCAGUGCCUUGUCAGGUAUUGCAAUAGAAGAGUGCCCUAUUUCCAUUGAAGUCAAUUAUCCAGAAGUAGUUGAAUUGAUGACUUCUGUUCCGCUCAAGUGUAGAUUGAUCGGUAGAACUGACGUUCCCAUCAGGCUAAGUUUGACAGUAGAGGGCACAGACACUUACAUAUUUUCAGGAUACAAAAAGUUUUCUGUGACGGUUCCACCCAAGGAUAAGUUUGAGCUGUGUUAUAACAUUCUCCCUCUGGUGACUGGCAACACUGUUCCUCCAAGAUUAAAAGCCGUAGUGCUAGGAGACAACACAAGGCAGGAAAUAGUUACAGAAAUCUUUGAGAAACACUUUCCGAGAAAUAUAUUUGUUAUGCCUAAGUAUAAAUGAAUUUAUUGUAUUAAAUUAUAUUGUUAGUCAUUUCAAUUGAGAUUUGUAAAUAGUUUGAACAAACAUGUAAUUAUAUUGUAGUUACCCUGUAAUUAAUUGAUUAUAAUUCUUAGGAUAAAUUCAGUUACUUAUUUUUAAGUCUGUUUUGUUUAACAGAAGGUAUUAAAGUUCUUAUUGAAAAUUAAAGAAA